AUGUCAAAGAGUAACAAAACGACAGAGGAUUCCGAAAAUAAGAGUAGUUUUGAUACUCAAUUAGUUAUAAUGGAGCAAAAACGCAAUGCGAUAUUUAGUUAUCUACAAGAAAUUUUUGAUAUGUCAAAAAAUGUUAGUACUAGACCUUCAUUACGGGAGGACUUCCUCGACGCUAGUUCUAACAUAGACACAUUGCGUUCCGAAUUUAAUAAAAUAGUGGAAGACUAUAACAGUCGCUUAUUAUUGCUAAACCCUUCAGCGAAACCGGAGUUCGGUAGCCUAACGUCAUUUGAACGCCUAUACAGCCGAGUUAAGCGUUUAGUCUCUGAGUAUACGGGAGGUGAUAAAAUUGCAAAGGAUGAUGACCCGCGAAGACUGAAACCUUACUUACCUCCGAUUCAAUUGGUAUCGUUCGAUGGUUGCGACUUGAAGGCAUGGAGUCUGUUUUAUACAAACUUCAAAACAAUCAUACAUGAGAACCAGACUCUUACCGACGCCGAAAAGUUAUACUACCUUAUGGGGAAAUUAUCCGGAAAGGCCAAAUUGGCCUGCGCUGGAAUCACGCCAUCCGCGGAAAAUUAUCAACUAAUUUUCAAAACGUUAGUUGAUAAAUUUGAAGAUAAACGUUUUUUGGCAACUUCGUACUUAGAUCAAAUUUAUAAUAUUAAGGCGAUGUCAAACGCGACUCCGACCAACCUUGAAAAUUUUUUGGACACUUUUGCAUCGUCGGUUGCCGCGCUUAAAAAUUUAAAUUUAGACAAUCUGGCUGACUUCUUAUUUUUAUAUCUCGCUCAAAAGAAGUUAGAUCCGGAAACUGUCCGCCUCUUCGAGUUAAAUAAACAUAAUAGCGACAUACCUUUGUAUGACGAUUUUGUUGCUUUCCUCCGCGAACACAUUAAGGUAUUACAACGCACUUCUGGGAAACAGGAUGUUCCGAAAGGUGCUCAACGAAAAGCGGAUACGGCUUCUAAGCCACACAAACCGCCCAAGUCGACGCAUACAUAUACCACUACCGCGACUACGCCUGUACAGACUUUCUGCUCGCUCUGUAAUUCACAACACGAGCAUCUUUAUAAUUGUUCCGCUUUUCAUAAGAUGUCUGUUGAAGAUCGUUUCAAGUUUGUUAAGGCGAACAACCUUUGUAUAAAUUGUUUUGGGAACCACCGGUUAGCUUCUUGCUCCAGUAAGUCGCGGUGUCGCUGGUGUGCAUCUCCUCAUCACAGUAUGAUCCACAGGAAUUCCGCCAAUGUAAAUUCCGCAUUUGUAAAUUCCGCGUCUUCUGGUGCAACUUCUGGUGCCACUCCUUCGCAGAAGGCGCCCGGUGCUACCGUGCACCAUCCUGCUACUACCAUCACUGCUGGCAACGACACCAGUAAGUCACAAUCUUCAGAUUCACCCGCACGCUCCAAUGACGUAUCGAUUUGUUCAUUGUCGAGUUCUAAUAUCUCUCGCUCACCAACUACGGUGCUGCUCGCCACCGCACGCGUUAUUGUCUUCGAUGCCAAAGGGAAAGAAUAUUCUGUGCGCGCAUUAUUGGACAGUGCUUCACAGAGUAACUUCGUCAGUCGUAGUUUAUGCGAACGGUUAGGUUUACAAGCAAGUAAGAAUCCAAGCUGUUCGGUAGUUAAAGGGAUUGGAGGUACAACCAAACCGAUUCAAGGCUCAGUUUCGAUAAGGUUCUUUUCUAGGUUCGAUCUCAGCGUUUGUUUCGACAUAGACUCGCUCGUUGUAGACAAGGUCACAGAACGCUUGCCCACAGUCCCCGUAGAUAUUGCGAAUUUAAUAAAUUUCAAUAAUUUACCUUUGGCAGACGACAGUUACUUCAUUCCAGGAGACAUUGAUCUGCUGGUUGGAGCCUCAAUAUUUCCGCAUCUCUUGUUGUCACGUAAGGUUCAAGGUCAAUCUGAUCUUACCUCGCCGCUAGCUCUGGAAACGGUGUUAGGCUACGUUAUCGUCGGCUCUGCUCCUGUUCGUGUUGACAGUUGCGCGACGGUUUCUUACUGUUGUGCUACAGAUCCCUUAGACACCGCCGUGCGUAAAUUUUGGCAGAUGGAAGAGGUGAACGCACCGAAAGCAUUAAGUCCAGACGACACGGCGUGUGAAGAAAUUUAUAGCAACACGACCACUCGCGAAGCGGACGGACGGUACGUGGUCGCACUCCCUUUUAAGGGUGACGUACUGUCGUUAGGCGAUUCUCUUAAAAGGGCUAAAACCCGCUUCUUUUGCUUAGAGCGCAAAAUGUUAGCGUCGCCUAAGCUUAAAGAGGCCUACGACAGCGUGAUCCUGGAAUACCUAGACAAAGGAUAUAUCUCCCGCGCAUCCUCGGACACGGAGGCAACGCAGAGUUUGCCAUCGUACACGAUUUCGCAUCAUGGUGUCAUAAGGGAAGACAAGUUGACCUCUAAAUUGCGCGUGGUUCUGGACGCUAGUUCCAAAACAACCACACAAGUUUCCCUCAAUGACAUUCUGUACAAUGGUCAGAAUCUGCAGGGCAACUUAUUCAAUAUUAUCGUUAAUUUCCGCAUAUAUGGUAUCGCUCUUUCCGCUGACAUUCGUCAAAUGUUCCUUUGCAUUGGAAUUCGUCCAUGCGAUCGAAGGUUUCAACGCAUUUUGUAUCGCUUUUCCCCGCAAGAACCUUUAAAGGUUUAUGAAUUUAACCGCGUUUGUUUCGGACUUAAGUCAAGUCCGUUUCAUGCUCUGCGUACAGUGAAGCAACUCCUUUUAGAUGAAGUUAAAGAAUUCGACGAUUCUGAACCACAUAAGGUACUCGGCUUAUGUUGGUCACCCGCUACAGACUAUUUCAGUCUUAAGAUUAGUGUUCCCGCUAAAUCAUGUACUAAACGUACAAUUUUGUCAUGUGUCGCUAGAAUAUGGGACGUCAUGGGUUUCGUUGCUCCCGUCGUCUUAUACGCAAAGCUUCUUAUCAAACAACUUUGGUUGUGCGAAUGUGAUUGGGACGAUGUACCUCCUGAACAUAUUAUUGAACAGUGGUCCCGUUUCAAGAAGGAACUACCCUUGCUAAGUGAAUUGAAAAUUCCACGGCAUGUAGGCAUCGUCACUGGCGAUAUCGUAACAAUCGUGGGGUUCGCGGACGCGAGCGAAAAGGCCUAUGGAGGAGUAGUUUAUUUCCACGUAAAAGAUGGCAGAGGCCUUCGCAGGAAUUCAGUAUUUUUGAUAACUGCUAAAUCCAAAGUCUCGCCUCGUAAAGUCGUAUCACUAGCGCGAUUGGAGCUUUGUGCGAUCCUUACACUAAGCAGCUUAAUUACAAGGGUAGUUGAAGCCUGCAACAACCGCAUUAAUAUCGACCGCAUUCUCGCUUUUUCGGAUUCAACGGUGGCAUUGUGCUGGGUGCAUUCUUCACCGCAUCGUUGGGAUACUUUCGUGGCCAACAGGGUCACCAAAAUUCAAAAUCAGUUUCCCGUUCAAACUUUUUUCCAUGUGCAAGGCACUGAAAAUCCCGCCGAUUGUUUGUCGCGAGGUCUUACACCCGCACAAAUAAUUGAUCACCCGCUUUGGUUCUCUGGCCCUGAGUGGCUUGAAACGGAUCCAAAUCUUUGGCCUGUUACCGCUUUCAAUCCUUCCACGGUGUCACAGCCUCCGGAAGAAAAGAAACAUGUUCUUCUCGCUGCAGAAGGCAGCGAAGGAAAUCUAAUAAUUUCGCUCGCAGAUCGCUUCUCAUCAUGGUCGAAGUUUUUACGUUGUGUAGUUUACGUUUGUCGUUUCGCUAAGCUGCUACCGCGUCGUGAAACAGUGACUGCGUCGGAUCUGGAUUACGCUGAAAAUUUGAUUUUGCGUGAAAUACAGCACUCUUACUUCGCAAACGAAAUUGCCAAUUUACAAUCAGGCAAAUAUUGCAGCCCAACGUUUCAACGCCUCAAACCUUUCCUUCAGGAUAAAAUCAUAAGAGUUGGAGGUCGUUUGAGAAACGCCGAUAUAAGCUUCGAUACAAAACAUCCGAUCAUUCUGCCGCGAAAGGGUCAUAUAUUAGAUCUUCUGGUUGAUUAUCAUCAUAAAGUCAAUUGCCAUGCCGGUCCAGAUUUGUUGAUGUCCAUACUCCGUCAGAGAUAUUGGAUUUUAUCCGCUCGCAAUUUAAUUCGAAGCCGGGUACACAAAUGUCUACCCUGCUUUAGACUCCGCGCUAAACCAAAUUUUCCGGAAAUGGCAGAUCACCGCUCGUGUCGAGUUACGCCGGCCGUUAAGCCUUUUUUGCACACUGGCACUGAUUACGCAGGCCCCUUUAAAGUGACUAUAUCUCGCGGCCGCGGAAUUCGACCAGCAAAGGCAUACGUUUGUCUAUUCGUGUGCUUAACCACUCGCGCUGUACAUAUAGAAGUUGCGAGCGAUUUAAGCACACCUAGCUUCCUCGGAGCAUUUAAACGCUUUCAGGCGCGCCGAGGCCUCGUCGCUCGCGUGCACUCUGAUAAUGCGACGAAUUACGUAUGUGCCAAGCGCACGCUAUCUGAAUUGCACGACUUUUUAAUGUCAAAACACUUCAGGUCUGAAUUUGGUCACAUACUUGCAGAAAACCGCAUCGAAUGGUCACUGAACGUUCCAACUGCUUGUCAUUUUGGUGGCAAUUGGGAGGCCAACAUUAAAAGUCUCAAAGCUCAUUUAUAUCGCGUGAUAGGCGACCAAAUUCUGACCUUGGAGGAGUUCAGUACUGUGCUUGCUCAAAUCGAGGCAGUCAUGAACUCUCGUCCAUUGUGCCGCACACUAUCGAACGAUCCAUCGGAAUCUCUCGCGUUGACACCGGCUCACUUUCUCACCCUCACUCCUUUAAAAUACUUACCGGCUCAGGAGAUAGAAGAAGGUCCGUUACAUUUGCUUUCGCGUCAAGAAUUGAUCGAUAAACUUGUUCAGUCGUUCUGGAAACGAUGGAAGGCUGACUACUUACAUACGCUACAGACUCGAAAUAAAUGGAACACUCCAACCAAUCCGAUCGCUAAGGGGGAUGUGGUAAUAAUUAUAGUCGAUAAUGCACCGCCACUUCACUGGCCGUUAGGGGUAGUUGAGGAAGUCUUCCCUGGAUCGAAUGGUGUCACGCGUAUUGUUCGCGUUCGUACCGCUACAGGAACGUAUUUGCGUCCUGUAGUGCGUCUUUGUCCACUACCUAAACAGUAA